GGCGCAGAGCGGUCACGGAGGGGGCGGUCGGGCGCGUUCCGUUGGCGGCAGCCGGUUCCUGUCAGCGGCGGCGGGUGGCGGUGCCCGGUCCCGACGGCGAGCGGAGCCCCCGGCCUGGCCCGACCCGGCCUGAUUGGCGGCCCGGACGUGCGGAGCGCCGAGCUCUCGCCUGCCGGUGUCUCCCCUCCGCACCCCGGGGCGGCGGAGGCAGCAGCGCCCUCCUCCCGGCCCGGCCCCCUCCUCCCGCCGCUCCCCUCGCCCCUGCCGGGCCGCGGAGCUGCGAUGCCCUCGGACUUCAUCUCUCUGCUCAGCGCCGACCUCGACCUCGAGUCCCCCAAGUCCCUCUACUCCAAGGAAUCUGUCUAUGACCUUCUCCCAAAGGAGCUGCAGUUACCACCUUCCAGAGAAACAUCUGUAGCAUCCAUGAGCCAAACAAGUGGUGGCGAGGCAGGUUCGCCGCCUCCAGCUGUAGUUGCUGCUGAUGCUUCUUCAGCUCCUUCCUCUUCCUCCAUGGGCGGUGCUUGCAGCUCCUUUACCACCUCUUCCAGUCCUACCAUUUACUCUACCUCAGUCACCGACAGCAAGGCUAUGCAAGUGGAGAGCUGCUCCUCAGCCGUGGGGGUAAGUACCAGAGGGGUAAGUGAAAAGCAGUUAACCAGUAACACAGUCCAGCAGCAGCAGUCAACGCCGAAGAGACACACAGUCCUGUACAUCUCGCCACCACCCGAGGACUUGCUGGACAACAGUCGGAUGUCCUGCCAGGAUGAGGGCUGUGGAUUGGAGUCAGAACAGAGCUGCAGUAUGUGGAUGGAGGAUUCACCCUCCAACUUCAGUAACAUGAGUACCAGUUCCUACAAUGAUAACACUGAGGUGCCACGUAAAUCACGCAAACGAAAUCCAAAGCAGAGGCCAGGGAUCAAACGUCGAGAUUGUGAAGAGUCCAACAUGGAUAUAUUUGAUGCCGACAGUGCCAAAGCGCCUCACUAUGUCCUUUCUCAGCUCAGCACGGACAGCAAAGGCAACUCAAAAGCAGGAAAUGGAGCAUCAGAGAACCAGAAAGGAGCUGGAGGGAAGAAGACCCCAAUGUUGUGUGGUCAGUAUCCGACCAAGAGCGAGGGGAAGGAGCUGAAGAUAGUGGUACAGCCAGAAACCCAGCACAGGGCUCGUUAUCUGACUGAGGGCAGCCGAGGCUCGGUGAAAGACCGGACACAGCAAGGCUUUCCGACUGUAAAGCUGGAAGGUCACAACGAGCCGGUGGUGCUGCAGGUUUUCGUGGGUAAUGACUCAGGUCGAGUGAAGCCGCACGGGUUCUACCAGGCCUGCAGAGUUACUGGGAGAAACACUACUCCCUGCAAAGAAGUGGAUAUAGAGGGGACUACUGUUAUUGAGGUUGGACUGGACCCGAGCAACAAUAUGACACUCGCGGUUGAUUGCGUGGGAAUACUGAAGCUGAGAAAUGCUGAUGUUGAAGCUAGGAUAGGGAUUGCUGGUUCCAAGAAAAAAAGCACACGUGCUAGGCUGGUAUUUCGUGUUAACAUCACUCGCAAAGAUGGUUCAACUUUGACUCUUCAGACACCUUCUUCCCCAAUUUUGUGCACUCAGCCAGCGGGAGUUCCAGAGAUCCUAAAGAAAAGUCUGCACAGUUGUUCAGUGAAGGGUGAAGAGGAAGUUUUUCUGAUUGGCAAGAACUUUCUAAAGGGAACAAAAGUGAUUUUUCAAGAGAAUGUUUCUGAUGAGAAUUCUUGGAAGGCAGAAGCUGAAAUAGACAUGGAAUUAUUUCAUCAGAAUCACCUUAUUGUGAAGGUGCCACCAUAUCAUGACCAGCAAAUAACCUCAGCUGUUUCUGUGGGAAUAUAUGUGGUGACCAAUGCUGGAAGAUCACACGAUGUGCAACCAUUUACAUACACUCCAGAUACAUCUGGUACCCUGAAUGUUAAUGUGAAGAAGGAAAUCUCCAGCCCAGCCCAACAUUGUUCUUUUGAAGAGGCUAUAAAAGCAGUGAAGGCCACGGGUUGUAACCUGGAGAAGGUGAACAUUCUUCCUAGUGCCUUGAUAACUCCACUCAUACCAAGCAGUAUGAUUAAGAAGGAAGAUGUGGCUCCAAUGGAAGUAAGUGCAGAAAAAAGAUCUCCCCCUGUCUUCAAGGCCUCAAAUGUGGUUGGACAAACUCAACAAACAUUGGAAAACAGUAUGUCCGGCAUAUCAACUUCUGCUUCCCAUUUACCUUCUGAAAAUGAAAACCAGCAACAAAUACAGCCGAAGGUGUAUAAUCCAGAGACACUAACUACUAUCCAAACGCAGGACAUUUCCCAGCCUGGUAGCUUUUCAGCCGUCUCUGCUCCAGGUCAGCUGCAGAACAGUGACGCAUUGCUGCAGCAAGCUGCACAGUUCCAAACAAGAGAUUCCCAAACCAGGGAAGUCUUGCAGUCGGAUGGCACAGUAGUCACUUUGUCACAAUUAACUGAUGCGUCACAACAACAACAGUCGACGCUCUCAGAACCAGCACAGGCAUUGCAGCAACAGAUUUCAUCAAGUAUUUUCUCAUCGGCGAGCGGCGUGAGUCAGUUACAGAACACUAUACAGCAACUGCAAGCUGGAAAUUUUCCAACCAACACCGCCACUGGCAGCAACAGAAAUGUUGACUUGGUGCAGCAGGUACUGGAAGCUCAACAGCAGUUAUCGUCUGUUUUAUUUUCCGGUUCGGACAGCAGCGAGGAUGUUCAAGAUCAGCUAAAUGCAGAUAUCUUUCAGCAAGUUAGCCAGAUACAAAAUAGUGUAAAUCCUGGGAUAUUUUCCUCAUCGGACACAGCUGUCCAUUCCAGACCAGAGAACCUUUUGCCUGGGCGAGCUGAGAAUGUUCACUCCCAGCCUGAAAAUGCAUUAUCCAACCAACAGCAGCAGCAGCAGCAGCAGCAGGCGAUGGAGACCUCUGCGGCAAUGGUGAUAGGAAUCCAGCAAAACAUUUGCCAAGCCGCAACGCAGAUGCAGUCUGAUUUGUUCUCUUCGACAACGUCAGGGAAUGGAGGCCUCCAGCAGUCACCUGUUUACCAGCAGGCUUCUCACAUAAUGAGUGGCUUACCGACCGGCGAAGACAUGCAAAUGCAGUGUGAAUUAUUCUCUUCGUCUCCUGGUGUUUCUGGAAGUGAGACUGCUCCUACUGCUCAGCAGCAGGUUUCCAACAAUGGACCUGCUAUGUUUCAGGCAUCGAAUUCUGCUGAUGGAGAAGAAGCUUCAGGACAAAGUAAACAAAUGCAGAAUACUGUAUUUCAGACCAUGGUUCAAAUGCAGCAUAGUGGAGAAGGUCAGUCUCAAGUUAAUCUCUUUUCAUCUACCAAAAACAUGAUGACUGUUCAGGCAAGUGGAACUCAGCAACAAGGAGGUGGUCUGUUCCAGCAAGGCGGAGAAAUCAUGUCCAUACAGUCGGGCAGCUUUAUGCAGCAGUCUCCACAUUCACAAGCUCAGCUUUUUCACUCUCAGAAUCCUAUUGGUGAUACUCAGAAUAUACCACAGGAAACGCAAGGCUCGCUCUUUCACAGUCCAAAUUCCAUUGUCCACAACCAGACCAGUACUAACUCCUCUGACCAGCUGCAGCCUCCCAUGUUCCACUCGCAGAGCGCCAUGGGUGUGUUGCAGAGCUCUUCAGUUCCUCAAGACCAGCAGUCUGCCAACAUGUUCCUUUCCCAGAGCUCAAUGAGCAACGCUGCAACGCAGGAGGAACAGAUGUCGUUCUUCACAAGCCCCAAUUCCAUUUCUCCUCUUCAGACAGCAACAAACACUGAACAGCAGACUUCUUUCCAACAGCAGACACAGAUCUCUCAUAUCCAGAGUUCUAUGCUUCCCCAAGAACAGCCCCAGACUCAGCCUGCUCAGCAGGGUUUGUUUCAGUCUCAAGUGUCGUUAGGCUCCAUCCAGUCCAGUUCAAUUCCCCAGAACCAACAAGGAGCUAUCUUCCAGCCUCAGCAUUCGAUAGUUGCUAUUCAGAGUAGUCCUCCGUCUCAAGAACAGCAGCAGCAGCAGCAGCAGAACAUGAUGUUCAGUAAUCAGAAUGCAAUGAGUACAAUUGCUUCUCAAAAGCAGAACAUGAUUUUCAAUCCAAAUCAAAACCCAGUUACCAAUCAGGAGCAACAAGGCCAGUCCAUUUUUCAUCCACAGACUAACAUGGCGUCAAUGAACCAGGAGCAGCAGCCCAUGCAAUUCCAGAGUCAGACUACAGUGUCUUCUCUCCAGAACCCUGGAUCCAGCCAGGCAGAAGCACAGCAGCCACCCAUCUUCCAUAUCCCCCAGAUUCAGUUGGUCCAAGGGUCACCAAGCUCUCAAGAGCAACAGGUCGCCCUCUUCAUCUCUUCAGCUUCCAUGUCUGCCUUGCAGAACAGUAUGAGCCAGCAAGAGCUGCAGCAGUCCCCUAUGUACUCUUCUCAAAACAGCAUGGCAGGAAUGCAGGGAACUGCUUCUCCACCACAGCAACAGGCUGCUUUAUUCCACAACACAGCAGGAGGUGCUAUCAACCAGCUGCAGAAUUCUCCUGCUUCAUCUCAGCAGACAUCAGGAAUAUUCCUGUUUGGCAUUCAAAACAACUGUGGCCAGCUGCUAACUUCUGGACCAGCCACGCUGCCGGAUGAGUUGAUGGCCAUAAGUCAGCCAGGACAGCCACAGAGCGAAGGACAAGCAGCAGUGCCAACGCUUCUCUCCCAGCAGAUUUCUGAGAACUCUCCACUACCUUCGGCUAUGGCAACCAAUCAGAAUAUUGAAAAAAUAGAUGAUCUGCUUGUGUCCUUGCAAAACCAGGGGAACAAUAUGGCCGGCUCGUUUUAAUUAGUCAAAAAUGCUAUGAAGAAAAAAAGUGAUGAUUUCCCAGAUCCUCUCAGACCUUCCGACUCCGGAUGAGGCUGUGUGGAACUGAUUUGCUUCUGUCAAAAAGUGGCCCUCUUCUCUAAAGAGCACACACGUGGCCAAUUGCAGCGUCUAGCACCUAAGGCUAUGACCAUAGUAUUUGGGAUUUGUAGUGCCAAUAAUGCUGAAAAGCUAUGCUUUGUUUUACUAGGGCAUGGAAUUGUACUGUUACCAGAUUCCUAAACCUCAUCAACGGUGGGGUGCUCUUUGAAUUUAAAGCAUAUCUGGUCAGUUGUUAUUGUUGUUAGAAGGUAAUACAUGUUACCACGUUUACUUUUUUUCUCCUCUUCCUUCUUCACAUCCCCUCUUUUAACUAGAAAAGCUUGUGAAGCAGAAACAUCAAAUGCUUGUGACAUGAGCCAUGACUCAUAGCUGUCAGUAAGUGAAGGGAUCGCAUGUUUUCCAGCUGGGUGGGAGAGCUAAUACUGCGAUUUGGUAAUUGCGGUAGGCGGCAAUGAAAACUAUUGAUGACUGUCAAAAACCAGCAGAGAGUUGCUUGCUGCUGUAGAUAACCAGAGGUGGGUGCUGCCCAUCUGAGAGUGUGAUGAACGGUUUCCCAUGUCUCUUACGUGUAACUGUACGUAGAGCAAGGGUUUGGUGGCUCUAACAAAAUGCAGAAGUGAAGGGGAACUUUCAGUGAAAUUUUGCUCUUAAAAUCUUACCCUCUAAAAUACCUUCAACUUGAAAAGCCUGGCUGAGGAAAGAACUCGUGUGUCUCUGACUGUGUGGGUUAGAAGUCCACAAAGCUGCAUUAGCCAUUCCCAAACCAGCCUUCUUCCUUUCAUUCUUCUCCUGGUUUUCCUUCUCCUUCCCUCAGUUUCAUAUUGUAUUUUUAAAAAAGACAUAAAUAUCCUACUGGCUUUAACGAUCAGAAGCAGCUUUUAGGAGUCCCUGGCAUUAAAUUGCUUAGUCAGCAGAAGCUUUGACAAAUAAUCAAGGAUUAAGGAGAGAGGAAGCAGUGUCUCCACCACCUUCUAAAUGCAGGAAUCCCCCUUAACCAGUCGUUUGCCAGCUGUUACUGAUGUAAAUCUUCAGCUUGACUUUACUCCAAGUAGGGGGCAAAUGACAUCAUUUUUGAGCAUUCUUGGAAAUUUCACUUCAUCCUGAGCUGUUGCAUCUCUGUAGCAUUUGGAGCUCAUUAGUUUUGAAGUGAUUCUUUUUUUUUCCCCCCCAUCAACAGUUCCCCAAGUUGAGUUUCUAGACUGUCAUGUUUCAAUUAAAAAAAUAAAAAAAUUGACUGAUGUUACAGAAUGUAAAGAAAACCCACUCCAGACCAUGCGGUUGUAUUGUGAGGCAUGUGAAUUUUUUGGGUGCUCCACCUCUCCGGGCAGUUUUGUGAUCUCUCACUACAGCCUCAUUCAGAUACUUGUUUCUUCUCCUUCUGCACGCAGCAAGCUGUUGCUGCAGUUAGAGCCAGGCAGCUGUCACGUAUGGCUGUUAUGCCUUGGUAGAGUGUAGUUGGGAUCAUGUCAUUUAUCAUUUUUGUUAUUUUAAAUAACAAAGAAUAGUCUGUAAAUGGGUUUUAAGUUACUCUAGUCUGUUUACUGUGUGUUUUUCCCUUAACUCGUGUGCUUAGUUGAGCCGUGUAGAGUUUUUGUUUGUUUUAAUGGAUUUUCCUGUUUGUCCUUCUGUCCUAACGUUCUCUUUCUCUUUCUGUCUCUCUCUUUCUCUCUCUCAUUGAGAGGCAUUGAAUUACGUUUUCAGUAGUAAGGCUUCUUGCCGAUAUGAAGGGAACUUUUCAGAAAGAGACCUGCUCUGGGUCAUUUAAUUUUGAAUACAGUUUUCAAUCGUUCAAGUUUUGGAUGGUUUAUAUCUAAUGUGUGUUUCAUUUUUUUGGAAAGCUAUAUUUUGUAUUUAGGAAAUGGUAUACUAUUUUGCUAUUUGUACUGAGUGAGUACAUUGGCAUAAAUAUAAAAAUUUAUAUAUAUACAUAUAUAUAAAAUAUUCUUUUUGCCACACAUUUUUGUGGUAAAUUUGUGAGUUUGUCUGAUGUUCUACCACAACGUGGCGUCUGAUAACAGUGGGGUGGGGUGGGGUUUGUUAUGUCUUUAUUGAGUAUUUAAGUACUUUUUGCAACAUAAAUAACUUGUUCAUCUCUCGCCAUUCCAUCAGGCAGUUUAUUGUUCCAGCUGGCUAUGAGAAGCUUCACUGUGUGUUUUGAUGUGUGUCACUCAGCAAUACGAUCUAGUAAGGAAACCCGUAGGCAUUUAGGCGUGUAUAAAAUAAUGGGGUUUCAUUCAGAAUGAGCCAUUCAGCUUUUACCCACUAUCAUUGUCUAUUUAAUAUUUUAUUAUUAGCGCCUCUGUGUUCUAACUCUUAAUUUAUGAUUAUGCUAAAAUGCUUAAAAUUUUAAUCAUGAUAAAAAAAUUCCCUGCUUCAUAAUGUCCAGAGAUGCUUUAACCACCCUGACCCAUACUUUUUCUUUCUGUGAUGAAUUUUUUUUUUUUUUUUUUUUUUUCCUGCUAAGACAAGAUAUUAACAAAAACUUGUUAUGGUUCAUGACGUGAAAACAGCAAUCUUGCAGCAUUGACUAAAUGCUAUAUGAGGCUACAUAGAAGACUGAGAGUUAUGGACUGAAACAACUUCCAGAUGGUUGUGGAGGUCGACAGCCAGUUACUCGGGAAGGAGCUGGCGGCUUUUGCAGGAUCGCAGUCCCAGGACAAGCUGUUGGGUGUCGUCUGGGGCCUUCAUACACAGAAGAAGUAAUAGGAAUGAUAAAUUCGUUCGUGUGCUGCUUCAGUUUGUUCCGUUGUUCCAAAGGGGUGUAUCCUUACGUUGAAGUGCUGUUGGUCAGUGCCAAGUCACCAGGGACCAAUUCUUCAUUUAACAAGAUGGGUGUCCAAAAGAGAACUUCAUACCAAGACUGCUACAGCUCCAGGGGAAGGGUAUGUUUGAAUUGUGUGCGUAUUCUAGGUCGCUGAUGAAGAGGAAAAAAAAAAAAAAAGUUUUAAAAAAAAAAAAAAAGGGCUGUGCUAUCACAAUUUUCACUUCGGGAUAACACCUUUCUUUUCUUGUAUUAAAUUUAUCUGGUUCAUUUUAGGUCAAUGUUUAAAUGUACAACACUUUGAACAUGUGAUUUGGUUACAAAAAGUAUUUGUCUUACGAAUGAAGAGAUUGCUCAGCGGUUGAUUAGUGCUUGAGCUGCCGCUUGCAGCCGGCUGUGACGGAGCACGAAGGGAGGUUUGAUAAAGGCAGUCGAGGUGGUGAAGGCAGAAGGACCCAAGAACAGUGUGAGCCACACCUGUACUUUAUCAGCGGCCUGAACAUUUCCUCCUGUGAUUUAAGCAGUUGAUAUUGAUAAUUGGAGCUUACUCUGCGCUUUUUUUUUUUUUUUUUUUUUUUUGUUGUUGUUGUUGUUGUUGUUAAUCCCUGGGUUUACUCCUCUGCGGGCUCACGCUGGCGCCCGUUAGCUGCGAGCUGCAGAGGUGAGGCGGUGGCAUCACGUCGUCCCCUUCGGUUGAGAAAGUUAGAAGAUACGGAGAUACUAGUCUCUAGAAAUACAGUGUUCCUGACAGUAUUGCAAAGGGGAAGUCACUAUCAUAUCCACAGAGCAGCAGUUAAGUAGAGAGGAUGAAGAAUGAAAACCCGUAGAGCUGCCUUGCUGGGAUGGGUUUUCUGUAUUUUGUUUGUUUGUUUUUUUUCCCCCUGCUCAGGCUCGCAAUUAAAAGAACCGUCAAAUCGGAACCUGCGUGUUCAGUCUGGGCUGUGCUCUGCCGCUGUGCCUGUUUAUACAUUUUCUGUGUGUGUGUGUGUGUGUAUAUAUAUAUAUAUGUAUUUAAAAAAUCAUAUGGGUAACACAUAAUACACGGUUAUUAGCUAAACGUCUCCUCUGGCAGGAAGUUAUUGGUGCUUUGCGCUUAAUUAGCGAGUCCAUGUUUUUGUUAUUAAUUGCCUCUUCACUGCCUGAUCUUUCAGCAGUUACUCAAGCCAAAUGCUUUGCUAUUAUUUUAACAUCAAAAUAGUUCAAGAAGAAAUGUCAGCAUUGCUGUUUCAAAGUGGAUGUUUAAUCACCAAUCAUUUUAUUAAGAUGACUUUUAAUUACUGACAGGGUGGUUACUUCCUAUGUGGUUUUAAGAUAGAACGAAGCAUGAACAGUUACGCGUUUGUACCUUUGGCAGGUUUUUUUUACUGGAAAUUUGCAGAGUCUGGGCAGCUGUAUCAGAGGACAUUCCCCUAAUUUAGAUAAAUGGAACUUUUUUUUUUUUUUUUUUAAAGCUUCUACUGUGUUUUUGGUCUAGGAUAUAGUUUCCAAAAAGAAAACUUGCCUGAACAGAUUUUCUACUCCUGUUAUCUUUCCAGAGUCUUCAGAAAGAAUAGCAAACAAGUCAGAAACUUGCAUCUGUCUUAAAACAUAGUUUAAAUCACUAUGUGAGUAUCAGGAAAGGUGAUUUAUUAAAAAGCAAACUCAAAAAGGUUGUUACUGGGCUAAAAGGCUACAUGUCGUUUCCCCUGAAGGUACGUGUGUGUGUGUGCAAGGGUGCACGUUCGUUAAGAGUUAGAAAAUAGUUUUACUGUCAGUUUUUGAAUCUUGUGCCUCUGCGGGAAACUGUCGGGUCCCUUUUCCUGGGUGGCUGCAGGAGAGAGGAGCACAAGGGAUUACGGACAGUGAUCUCGGUGAUCGAAGCGGGAGCGAGCAGAACGAAUGGCUCUGCGUGCUCCGAGCUGUGAGGUGUGGGUGGAAGGUGGGAAGAAGAAAUACUGAUCACUGGUGACUUCUCAUUGGCGCCGAAUUCGUUUGGGAGGCAGCGGUGUGUCUUGCGUGCCCGAGGGCUGGCGGCAGCGCCGUCACUUUAGCAGCCAAAAGGAAACCAGUACCGAGACGCUUUGCUUGUUCGGGGUUUUUGUUGCAGUUCCCGGUGGUUUUUUUGGGGAUGGACUGACUGUGAGCACUCGAUGUUCGCGUGCGCAGUGGCAGCAGCCCCCCCAGCCCCCGGGCAGGCGCGUCUGUCCCUGCCCACGGCAGGCUGGGCUGGGGCCUGCAGGGUCGCUGCUGGGAACAGUGUAAAUGUUUAGAUACAAGGAGAAACGCAGCAGCAGAGGAACUCCUGUACAAGCAGAGCUGUAAAAUUCUGUGGUUGAGUGCGGGGCUCUGAGGGGUUACACAGGAGGAGAGGCUUUCCCUUUCUUAUAGUCUGUAUAGGUAUGUAAAUACGCAAUGCCUGUAUAUUCUAGGAUUAUAUAUAUGUAUAUACUGAAAUCAUAACUAUUAUAUAUAAUUAGUAGACACAUGCAUAGAAUACUGUUAUAUUUACAUUUUUAUAAACCUGAAAUAAUAUUAGUUUUCCUUAGUAUGAGGUUAUUUACCAAGGUUUUUGUAGUAACUCAUUAAUAGUUGCAGAAACACCUUUCCGUACUGUACACGUGGCACUGUUGGUAACGUUGCUCCAGAAACGCGCUCUGCUUGUGAACGUCACGACUAUCCGUGGGUUGAAAACAGCUGUACACUUUUGUAUUUUUUAUAUAUUUUUACGAACCGUCGCCGGUUGGCACAGCAGUAGAACCGACAGCCUUGCUGGAGAGCCUGCCCGCUGGAUGGGCCCGGGGAGCGCAGGGGCUCUGCGCACCCCUGUGCUCCCCUGCCAGCUUCCCUCGAGUGGCUCCUGAUUUCGGGACCUUUUCCAGGCUCAGUCUCCCGGCCCCUCGUGCCGCUGGGGAAUGGCAGGGGCGGCCUCAGCUCCGGAGGGGCUGGGCUGACACCAGCAGCUCGCUCCCCGUCGGGGUUAUUAAUUGUUCUUGCAUAGCAAAGGAUCCCGGCUGCUGCUCAGCUGGGUGGUGUUUGGAUCAGGAAAGUGAAGCUUCAUCUGUCAUUCCUCUUUAUUCUUGCAAAGGCCAGGCAUAUUUAAAUUUUUUUUUAUUUUUUUAUUUUUACUGACUCUGCAUUGCAACAGUCGCUAUCUCGAACUCUCCUUGAAAGCUGGUGAACGCUCUCCUUAGUUUCUAGCCGUGAGGAACCCUGCCCCGACGUGAUUUCUUACAGAUUGUGUGAGAAAUUUAAACUCUCUCCAGGAAAUCCAGAUCAUAAAAGCAACAGAGCACGUAUUUUUGUCCACCGCAGCUCUUCAUGCCAAAUCAGGUGUGUUCCAGUGCACUUUGCCACGGGGCCGAGGGAGAGACGUUACUGUCCUGGUACAGCUUUAGCAAAACACCUCUGCCAAACCGAAAGCGAAGGCCCGUGUUUCCCCGUGAGCCGUCCCUUCGCAGGCCAGACCUCUGCCGUUCCCGGAGAUCUGGCAUUGUUGCUGUUACAGUUCAGGCAGUUGCCCCACAACAUUCCAAGUGUGGUGGGAGGCGGGCGAGGAGUCGGCAGAUUUCCCGCUGGCUCCGGGCCGCGGGGACCCCCCACCGCCUCUCGGUCCCCGGCCGUGCCCGGGCUGGUGCAGGGGGUCCCCGAGGUCUGGGGGAGGCUCCUGGCGCGAGGCAGGAGCGCGGCCCUUCGGGGUGGUGCAGAACUGGGAGCACGUUCCCACGUCCUGCUGAGACCGCAGGAUUCCUAAAGCUUUUUUCGUUCGGGACGCCGUCUGAAAUGAGGCGAUUUGAAAUCUUUACAUUUGAGCUCCUUACAAGCGAGUAAGCUCCAAAGCCCUUCAGAGCAGAGCUUUCUACCUCUGUCACUAGCUGCGUUUUUGAGUGGCUUGCCCGCCUUUCUGCCAUGUGUUCUGGCGUGCACUGGUCGACCGCUGAGCUGCCUCUUCCCCCGUCCUGCAAUGUGAAAGUAGCACCAGAUAUUCCUUUGUGCAUUUCUGUGUAUAUGGCUUUCGUAGUUGGGAUUUUCAAAGCACUGAUACCCGGUGUUUUCAGUUUGUUCUAUGAGGGGAUAUUUUAUUUGCAUCUAUGUUUUUAGCUAUCCUGUGAUAACUUGUUGAAUAUUAAAAAAUAAAAAUAUUUUGCUUCUAUUGGGACAUUUGUAUACUCGCAACUAUAUUUCUGUAAACAGCUGCAGUCAAGAAUAAAACAAUGAAAGUUUUCAUUUUGCA